AUGGUCAACCGACUUGAUACCGACGACACAACUGCCCCUAAUUCCGAGCAAGAGAACUGGAGCAUAACCAACCUGCCCGACAUUCUGUAUGUCUUGCGUCCAGGAACCGAACACCUCAAAAGCAGACGUCGCGUCUACAACAACAUCGGCCCCAUCUUCGGUAAGAUGCUUCGUAACCUCCCCGUCCUCCCAACUCGUAUCUCCUCUCAAGUUGAAGGCUGGCGUCUGGAAGCCUGGAUGCGCCUGGAUCGCCGGGUGACUCCGGCAGAUAUCAUGGACCGCGUCAACCCUCUCUUUCGCGUCAACAUGACUGAGAACGAUGUCGAAUACCGGCGCCGCCUGUUCCGCGAGGCCUUCCACAUUGCUCUCUGGGGAAACCAGAAGUCUAUGAAUGAAGUCGGCCGUAUGGUGAUGGGCAUCGGACGUGACCCCAAGAUGAACUCCACCAGAGGCUUGACUCCUGGUCUGAUCAUGCCAGCUGAAGGCGAAUCUGGUGGCCGCAUCCCCUUGCCUCCACCACCACCUCCAGCUACUCGCAUUCGCAACAUCCCUGACCCUGAGGCAAUGAACCCCAUGUCUGGUCCUUCAGGGCCCCUCAUGCAGCCGAACGCAGCCGUGAUGCCCCAGUACCCAGGUCAGUAUAUGUCUUCUAUCAAAGAUCGCGACGACGCGACAGACAUCCAGGCCCGCCGGACUCCCAUGAACGGCUAUAUUAGGGCACUGCAUCAUCGACGAGACCUCAAGAUCUUGUAUGAGACUCCUCCCAAGGCUAAGUUUCGUGCGGUAGACCAGUCCGACGGCGGAUCCUCCAUGGCACUUGUGCCCCAGCAUCGCACCCCUGGCAGCGACCGCAAAAGAAAGAUGGCCUUGGAUCCUGACGAUGUUUUCAGCCCGACCCCGCGAGUAAGAAACAAGAGAACCUACCAUGAGGACAUCCCGCCUUUCCCUGCAUAUCAUGGUGUCCCGAUUGAACUGGCAUCCCACGAGGGACCCCCGGCUCGUUCCUUCCCAGCACCGGUCGAACCUGAACCAGAGCUUGAGAUGACUCUCGAAGAGUACUUGGAAUACAAAAAGCUUGGGUUCAUGGAUUUCUUGAAUGGCCGCUAUUGCGAUGACAUGGAUUUCCCCCAGAACCGCGGCGUAGGAGCUUGGGUGCAAUCUUGA